GAUGUCAAGGACCAACGCGAUCGCUUCAGGUCUGAGAAGGCGGAGCUGCAGCGCCGGCUGACGGAGAGCGACGCGCGGCGGGGCGAGCUCGAAACCCGGGUCGACGAGCUCGAGACGCAGGUGUUCGACCAGCGGUUUCGCACUGACCUCGACGCCGUCGUCGCCGAGCGCGACGCCUUGCGGGCGACUGUGGAGCUACUGCAGGCGCACGCGAACACGCAGCUCGCGAACGUCGACGCCAUCACCGCCGAGCGCGACGCGUUGAGGGCGACCAUAGAGCAUUUGCAGGCGCAGGCGCAACUCGGACGCGGGGAAUCGGACGCGAACUCCAUCGCGAGUGCAUCGACCGUCACAACCGCCACCCUUAUAUCCGGGAUCCCCGUCGUCGAUCGUGACCGCACACCAGCCACCACGGACGUCGGCGCGUUCGACGCGCCAACGCCAAUCCAAGCCGAUGUAGCGAAACCCGCGAAGAGAGGCCCGGGGCGACCCAGGCGCCAGAGGGAAGAAUCGGCAUCGGCCUCCUCUACGAAACCUCGAAAACCCCGGUCAGCGCCAUCACCUCACCCUUCCUCUGCAAUCAACGUGGACAGCGAGCCCGUGCUCACCUCACUCCGCUCCGAUCGGGUGCCUGACAAGGCCCCUCCUCGUCCAAUCAAGCGCAGGCCGAAAGAAGUAUUCGAUGGCGUCGAAUUGACAUACUGGCGCCCUCCUCGCGUCGGAAAACCGGGAAGGCGCCCAGCCACGAAACUUCCUUACUCAACACCCGCCCAGUCCAAGCGGCUACGGCUUCCCCUGCGUCUGGCAAGCGAGACGAGCGAGAGCGACCUCACCCCCGAAUCGGAAGACGAUGACGAAGACGACACCGCGCUCUCACACCUCUCAACUCUACCUUCAUCUCGCGAACCUUCCCUUAAGCUACCUGCGAAGGUCGCCAGUCAAGGGAGUCAGGCUCCUCCUUCCCCCUUGCGGUCAGGUCAUGAUACUCCUCUCUCGGAACUUACGCCUUCGCCUCCACCUCAGGCCGCUUCCACUCAGCCGCCUGCUGCGACCGCGAUCAUAGGGGACUCCGUUGCAGACAUCCCAGCCAAACGGGCAUCCCCCGCCCCCUUGCGGUUGGGCCCUCCGCCGAAACGUCUCAAAACGGGCCCGCCUUUAGGUGUACCACGGAGCGCGGCGUUGGCGAAGGUACCUCGUCCGCAGUCGUCUAAAGCACGUCAACACGGUGACAUGCCCGAAUCUUCGACCGCUAUCUUCAAGAAGGUACGCGUCCCCAAGGACAGGAUCCCGAAGGUGCGGCGGACAGACGCACCUCCGCCGCCCGACAGAGCGAAGACAGCUCCGCGCCGCGAGAUGCCCCUCCAGCAGCAAACGGACCUCGUCGGCGUUCUGAACGUUGCACUGUCCUCGGAAAAAUCGCGGAGAGGUCGUGAUUUCUCCUCUCGAGACGAAGAAACGAAGCUCUAUGUAGACAAGGAACGAGCGAUCAUCUUAUCGCAGGCGUCUAUCGCCAGACGCGUCAAGGACCUACGAUCAACUCUGGUGGACAAACCACCCGUUGUCACCUCGAGGAAGUGUUUCGGGCACGCAUUCCAGUGUAGCGACCACGAUCUUCUGGUGUACGCAAAACUAUCGGGCGGGGGCCAGCGUCCUGCUCUAUUCAUUACACGAGAGGUGAAUCCGACUCUGCCACAAAACCCGGGCCAGUUCGGGCUGUUCGUAUCGAAGAGGGUUAUAGACUUUACCUCGGUCGCGCUCUUCGUCCCCACCCCGGCGGGUCGCUCCAAACCCGUGUCGUCGCAACUGUGGCGGUACUUUGGCCAGUACAAAUGCCGAAAGCUGGACUCUUUGACUGUGGAGGAGUUUGAGGCGCAGUCCACGGAGGUCCAGAGAUGGUGGGGUCAGAAGCUCCUCCGUAGCAGAAAAUAUGUGGAACAUAUCCGCUGCAUCGCGCGAAUGUAUCUGCGCAAAUGCGGCAGACCGACGACUACGCUCAACACUGUAGAAGCUGUGCAGAAGAUAAAGUCUACUAAACCCGGGGACCCUGCGCUCGUUGUAUUGCAGGAUGUGCUGCUAUCCUUGAAGCGGGGUGACGAAGAGCUCGACGUGAUCGGGUUGCAAUUCGUCGAAUACGACGACAACUUCGCCAGCGUCGUACAAUCGCGCAUGGACAGCUUCGCAAGUGCCGAAAUACAACCUUCCCCGCGCAAGGCUCCGAAACCUAAAGUACCGAAGGCCUCUCCUCCUCCGCUGGAGAAAGGGCCAGCUGAGGACACGUAUGCCAGCUUAUUCGAGGGUGAUUUGUCCGACAUGUCCGCGUCCGAAGACGAACAUACGUGAAAAGCCUGAGAUUGCCUCCUUACCUUGUACGGUUCUGCCGCGACUUCGAUGUAUGCGUGCGAACAACUGAUAACAUACCACCACUUGGACCUUUACUACC